AUGACUGCUCUCCGGAACCCGAAGGGAACAACCAUUGCAUCGAGAAGGUGGAUGGAGAAAAUCAUCUACGACUUCUACUCUGAUCUCUUCAACAGCCAUGUCCACUUGCCUCCUCACCAUCUGAGGGAAGACGGACAUGUCAUUCCACAGGUUCUCCCGUCCGAAAUACGACAUGCUAUCAUGUCGGUAAGAAAUCGUACGGCAUCCGGUCCCGACAGAAUAAGGCCAGAACACGUGAAGAACCUUUCGCCGGUACUCAUCAACAUGACAUCGGCAACUAUCGCUCAAUCUGCUUACUGUCUGUCAUCUACAAGCUCUUUAAAAGAGUGA